UUAGCUUUUAUUGUAAUCGAAUUAUUUUAAUAGUAUUUAUAGCUCAAAUAGGUACUGACAAAUUUACUUAAAUUGAACAUAUUGAUGUACAGUAUUUAUUUAAUAACAAGUGUUGCUUUAUACUCCGUAUGAUAACGGCAUUGUUGCGGUUAUUUUGCUAUUAAGUUUUUUUCUAACGCAUCUUUGUUUUUCUAUGGUUUGUCUUUGGUUUACUGUUGAGCGAAGGUAAUGCCUCGGCGGGAGGAGGAGGAGGAACAGGAGGUGUGGGAGGACUUCAGGCGCGGAGCAGAUCUCCACCAGAAGCGCAGGGCGCACAGAGUCAGCACAGCGACCCAUUCCAAUCUGCCUCGGAUUAACGCUGAUUUUUAAAGACCUCUUUUGCAUUAGUUUUCAAAGUUUUAAUAUUUAAUGUUCUGGUUGAUUUGGAGGACUAUGUAUGUGCGGUUCUCCAGGUGCAUUUGUCUCUUUUUGUCCUGCGUGCUGCUGGAACCUGUGUACUCAGCGCAGAGCUCGAUGUGUGACCUCAUUCUGGAAAUAGACAAGGAGAGAGCCAUGUGCCACACUCAGAUUGACAACAAUACAACAGGCUGCAAUAUCACAUGGGACAAGAUCACCUGCUGGCCCCCUGCUGACAUUGGAGAGGAGGUUACCAUCCCAUGCCCCGAGUAUCUCUUCUACUUAACCAGCAAUGCUCCUCCUCGUAAUCUAUCAAAGAUCUGCACUGUGCACGGCUGGCCCCCAAGCAGCCUAGACUCUUAUAUAAUGGAGUGCGGCUACAAUCCCAACAACACGGUGGAAGAAAACAUGGAAGAAUUUUACAGCACCAUCAAAGUUGGCUACACAGUCGGUCACAGCGUUUCCCUUAUUUCUCUGAUGGUUGCCAUCAUCAUACUGUGUCUCUUUCGGAAGCUUCACUGCACAAGAAACUAUAUCCACAUGCAUCUGUUUGUGUCUCUCAUCCUCAAAGCCGUCACUGUUUUUAUAAAAGACGUGGUUCUGUAUGAGGUCGGUGAGACAGAAAACUGCCAGCCAACAGUGGGCUGCAAGGCAGUAGUGGUCUUCUUCCAGUAUGGAGUCAUGGCAAGUUACUUCUGGCUGCUGGUAGAGGGCCUCUACCUUCACGCCCUGUUGGCAGUCUCCUUCUUCUCUGAGAGGAAGUACUUUUGGUGGUACAUUUUGAUUGGCUGGGGGGCUCCAACUAUCUUCAUCUCUGCAUGGGUGGUUACAAAAGCUUAUUUAAAUCAUCCUGGAUGCUGGGAAAUAAUUGAUGACGCCCCAUGGUGGAUCAUCAAAACACCCAUUUUAGUCGCCAUACUUAUGAACUUUUUCCUCUUCAUUUGCAUAAUUCGGAUCCUGCGGCAAAAAAUGAAUUGUCCUGACAUCGGAAGGAAGGAAUCCAACCAGUACUCGAGACUGGCUAAAUCUACCCUGUUGUUGAUACCUCUUUUUGGGAUAAACUACAUAAUAUUUGCCUUUAUCCCCGACCACAUCCAUUCACAGCUCAGGAUGGUGUUUGAUCUUGUUCUGGGAUCCUUUCAGGGCUUUGUUGUUGCAGUCCUGUACUGCUUCCUGAAUGGAGAGGUGCAGUCCGAGGUUAAGCGCAAGUGGCGCAGGUGGAUGCUGCAGAGGUUCCUUGGCACUGACAAGUACCAGCAGCCCUCCAUUGGGAGCAAUGGCAACAAUUUUAGCACCCAGAUCACCUUGUUGACCAAAUGCAGCCCCACCACGCGACGGGUUUCGACCUGCCAGGAGCACCUUUCUGCAAUCUGAAACCCACCGAACGCUGACUCCCUUCUGUUUUUAUUAUCAUUUAAUGACUAUGUGACUCACAUGUACUGUUACCAUACACUGAGUGUACUAAGUCCAUGAUAAUCCUAAAGUGGAUUUUUUUUGUUGUAAUCUUAUAUGCUAGCUGUAAAAAGAAACAGGUGCUCAGUGUUUUUCUCUACAUAGCACAGUCAUCUGACACCUUCGACAACACUUUCUUAUUAAUGAAAUGUUUGCAAAGAAGGAAAGCUUCUAUUUUUACAGCUUUGAUCAGGGAGACAUUUCACUGUACUGCAGCAUGACAAAUUAUGUCCACUGGGUUGCCAGCUUUUCAGUGGAUCAUGAAUUGAGACUUUUGAAAGAAAGAAAGUAGGAUGUUCCUUUCUUAUUUCAAAAUAAGUCUCAUUUAAAAAGCACACAAAAAAUAGUGAAUGUCCAAGUUCCACAAUGUCACAGUAGGUUUGGGGACAGACAGUUCAUAAUGAGAAUAAUUGUAAACAAGGAGAGCUGAAACACAAAACUACGUGAUUUGUUGCCUUUGGUAAACACUGUUCUGGACAAGCAACUUCAGACAGAUUCUGCUGUGGAGUUUGAAUCAUUUUCAUCUAAUCAGUAGUAAUUCUUCAUGGAGAAAUAAAACUCAGACAGAGGAAGCACUCCAACCAUGUUUAAGCCACAAAAUGACUGCUAAUCCACAAGCUAUGCUGGAUGCUAGCAGUGGAUGUAGGGGCCAAAACAAGUGGUGACAGGAAUAAUGGUCGGCUUCACAACUUAAACUGGUAUGAAUCUACAUUAUUUUUUAUGUUUUACAUUUGAUUGAUUUCUGUGCAUUUCAGCUCUCGUAAUUUGCCAUUUUGGCUGCCAUCGCCCGAGUUAUGUGACACACCACCACAGCUGACAUACAGAUUACAUACAAAUCCACUGCUAUGUACUUUAAACACUCUACAAAGUGCAUAAACAGAGGUGAGGACCUAUUUUUAUGACUUGUGCAUAACUGCCUUUUAAUCAUAAUAGUGGUUAUAUGAAUCUUGUCUGUAGUGCACUCUAAACUGCCUGCCAAGAUGGUAAAAUUUCAAAAUUUCUACUGUGUUUAGAAUAAUCUGUGACAAACAGUAGAGUGGGAUUUCUAUGAGUCGUGUGAGAAAUAGUGAAAAACUGUUGAGUCUCACUCCAGAAGAGUGAGAGUUGUCAAAAAGGCCAAGCAAACACGUAUGUGGAGAAGUUAAUCUGGACUCACUGUUGACAAGAGCAACACUGGCUACAGUAUGCUAACAUGCUAACAAAGGCAGGAUGGCCUUUCUAGCUACUCUGUACUUAAGAGGAACUUUGUUGUCACUUGUCACAUUACGCUAAACAACUGAUGGCUAAAUCCAGAAACAAGCUACAUCCAAAGAGAAGCGAGAGGUUUGUUUGGCAACCACUUAACCUAAUGGCUUGUGUUGCAAAGGGGACAAAAUGUAUGGACUUUGUUGAUAGAAGUCCAUUGCACAACCAGUGCACUGGAUGUGCCUAUCCUGUCUGUGACAGUUUUAUACAGGCCAUACACUCAGCUGAAUUAUUGCCGGAUAACAUUCCAGAGAAGAAAUGGAACUCUGGCUUGUGAGACUUUGGUCAGAUAAGAGAAGCUUUUAGUUUUCACUAAGUGCACAUUCUGGAGCAGAUAGAGCAGAUGUAUUACAUCAGUUCUCAAUACAGUGAAUAUACUAUAUGUGGAAGCUAUCUUCUGUUGUGUGGACUGCAUGGAUAAAUGACUUGAUUGUAUUAAUAUUCUAUACUGUUACCAUAAGCAGGUAAAUGUUUUCACUAAUAGCUGUGUAUGUUAGCAAUGAGAAGAUAAAUUGUCAUAUUCUCAUCAGUUCAUGGUUUCCUGAGGAUAAGUCAUUUACGAUAAUGUAAAUGCCUUUUUUCAAUUUCAUUAUGAUUAGUUUUAUUAUGAUGUUUUAAUAUUUUAUUAUUUCAGGUCAAGUUUCUAAACAACUCCCCUUAUAAGAGUGUUAGUACCCUCUGAACAUUUCCACAUUUUGUCACAUUACAACCACAAACAUCAAUGUAAUUCACUGGCAUUGCAUUUUAAAGACCAAAACAAAGCAGUGAUUGUGCAGAGGACAGAAAAUACAAAUAAAAACCGGAAAAUUGUGAAAAACCUUUGCA